AUGUUUCAUUUCUCCAAGAAACUGAUGUUUUUACUUUACAUAUUUGUCGUACUAAAUCCGUGAUUAACAACAGGAAGUUUGCCGAACUGACGAUUUCAGCCAUGGUCCGAAAUUAUCGGCCUGUAUUCGGAGGAAAAAGAACUGAUGACUUGAAGAUCUUUGAGAACAUGCAGGACAUAUAGUCUGUAUAAAAAAAAAAACAUGAAUGAUUAAAGUCAAUUGAAAAAGCAAACUAUGGAGUCUAAUGAAUACCCUGAUGACUGUAGCUCAAUGCUAAGUCCAACAGAUUCUGCUUCAAGCCCUGAAACACAGUAUCACAAACUUAAAGCUGUAUCAUUCGAUCAAGAUGACAAUGUAAAUGGGGGAGAUGCAAACACUUCCUUGCCAUCCUCGCAUUUAGACUUCCUUAAUUUGAUUUUCCCACCCACCCCGGAACAAUCACCAAAUGAUCAGUCAUGUGAUGAUCAGGAGUUUGCCACUGAUACAACAAAAGAUGCUAUUGAAUCUAUUGCCACUGAAAAAGCAGUAGAAGUACCUGAAAUAAUAUACUUGCGUAGUUCUAUCGCUGAGAAUGAUCUUCAGUAUCAUGGACAAGAUCAGCAAAUUGAAUCUUCUGUGGAAAUUGAAAUGGCUGAAGUUGGUGCUUUAUUGCAGAUGGAAUCAAUUACAAAAGAGGAUUCUGGAUAUUUGAAGGAUAAAUCAAAGCCCAAACGUUCACUGACAUUUCCGCCAUGUGUUAUUUGCUCAGGAAAAGCAUCAGGUUCUCAUUAUGGCGCUAUAACAUGUGAAGCUUGUAAAGGAUUUUUCAGACGUUACCUGCAGAAGAAAGGGGAGUACAAGUGCACUAAAGGUGGGAAGUGCGAAAUAAUUAACAGGAAUAGAGGGAAUUGUUCAGGAUGCCGUCUUACAAAAUGUCUUUUGUUAGGAAUGUCGAAGGAGAAGUCAAAGUUAGGAAGGUACACGUUAACAAGAAGGACAGAAGCCAUAAAGCAUAUGAACAAAAUGGAGGGAAAAGAAACAACAGACUCUUUUGUCGAGGCGAAUGAAGUAUUUCCUGUUGUAAACGAAGGCGGUGAUUCAGCCAAAUACGAUCCCGAGUCAGAAAUGAUAGGAAGGAAAAUUAGCCAGAAUGGAAAGAAUUUGAAUGUAUCCAAUGGUUUCUCCAAGUUACUUGUGUCUGAGCUGGUUCAAGCCAUGCUUGAAAUAAAACCCUUUGGUCGAGACAUUACAACAAAGGAGCAAAUUGUUGAAAGACACAGAUUUCAUGCAGAAAGAUACAAACAGAAAAUACAACUUUUUGGACGAAUGAAUACUGUUCCAAAAGAUGAAUAUUACAAACUGUAUAAAGAGUUUGGUAUAGAUGUUGAUGGACGAAUGGCAGAUAUGAAGAUUUGCUGUAAAGAUAUGGAAGGGAUUGUAGAAAGGUACUGUAAUUUCGCUAAACAUAUUCCAGGAUUCCACAGCCUUCCUUACAAAGAUCAGUCCUCUUUACUUAAAGUUUCCAGGGCCGACUUUUUCAUUAUCAUCAUGAGUGAGUCUUACAGUAAGGAGUAUAAUACAUAUUUAGGGCAAGAUGGUAUAGGCUAUCAUGUUGAAGAGAUGGCAGACAAAUUUCUGUCAAGAGAGUUGUUAGAUGGUAUGUGUACUGUGUACACCCGCUGGCAGGACUUAGAACUGAGCGAGGAGGAGAAGGCAGUAAUAGGUGCUAUGACACUCCUUUUUACAGACAGAUGCAAGCUAGAAAAUUAUGCUCAUGUUGAGAAAAUUCAACUUGCUCUUGCUGAACUUAUCAGGACAGAGUUAAUGGCAAAAGACAAGACAACAGCUCAGAGAAGGUUUACAAAAAUUAUUGACUCAUUAACAGCAAUGAGGACUGUAUCAGAGCUUUAUCUGAAGGAGUAUAAUUUAAUGUGUAAAGAUGAUGUCCUAACACAAGAGCUUCCAAUGUUAUCAGAGUUCUUCUUGGAAGAGUAUGAUAAUGUGGAGAAAAAGUGAUGUGAAUUUACUGCUAUCUACAUGUA